AUGGGCGAACUCCCGGAACCCCUCGGGGCUGACCAGGUACUGGUUUUGCACAAGCCCGGUCCGCUUCGAGCUGCUCGCGCCUCUCUGAGAAAACUCCCGCCAAAAAGGACGCGAGUCGAAGACGCGUCGCAGGGCAUCGUCGUCAUGGCGUUUCGCAGCGCCGUGGGCUGCCGUGACAUUGUCAUAUGCGAGCCUGCUCUCGCAGGGGUUCGCGUGAGCAGAUAUAGGGAACGAAAGGCCAGCCGCGAACGCGAGGCCGGAACAGGCUGCUGGCGGUUCCUAUCUUUUCUCGUCCGCCAGACCCGAAGGCUUGGCUUCUUCCGUCCGCCAGCCUGCAAACAAUCUGUUCCACCACCCUCUCGCACGACGCCGCAUCCAUUGGCCCUUGACCUCUUCAGCGUUCAAGAUGUCAUUCCGGCCAAUGUUCCAGCGGCGGACCGUCGCUCCCAUCGCCGCAACCCUCCUGGCUGGAGGUAUCGCCGCAUAUCCCAGGACUGCCUUUGCAGAGGCCCCGUCGGAAACGAUGUGUUGUCGACGCAGAGAAAACCCAUCUACGACGACUAUCCCUCGGAAAACGCAUCCGAAGAGAAGCAGCAAAUACCUAAGCUGUCCCUUCCUUCUUCUACCUCCCCUUCUGCCCCGUCCUCGCCACAGGACUCUCCGACUCCCACCGACCUUCUGACGGCGCAAGUUCGGCGGGCUCGUCUGUUCCUCUACCGACAGUCUCUCGCGGCGGAGACCAGCUUCAACGACUUCCUGUCUCGCGUGCUCCGCAUAGAGAACGCCUUCACCGACACGGUCGCCUCGCUUGCGCCCUCGCCCGAGUCGGGCGAGCGUCUUCUUCCGGGCAGCAUCUAUGUCAUUGUGUCGGCCAUGGCCGGGUCCAUCGUGGCCCGAAACCGCGGCAUCUUCCUGCGCACCACCACCCCGCUUGCCUUCGGCACGGUUGCGGCGUGGACUCUCCUUCCGGUGACGAUGCGCAACGUCUCUGAUCUGAUCUGGGAGUAUGAGAAGAAGGUGCCCGUCGUGGCAGACAACCACCUUCGAUUCCGGAACUUCGUGGAGCACACCUACACGACGGGCGUGGCCCACAGCAAGAUGGGACGUGCUAUGCUCGAGGAGAAGAUUGGGGAAGUUAGAGAGAAACUGGAGGAGUGGGUGAGAAAAGGCCGAUGA